GGUAAUUCAGGCGGAUGGGGAGUUAGACGCGGAUGUUGGACAUCGGGUUGGAGUGGCUUGGGCCAAAUGGCGGUUAGCUUCAGGGGUGUUGUGUGAUCCGAAGAUUUCGCCUAGAAUGAAAGAUAAGUUCUAUCGAUCCGUAGUCAGACCUGCUAUGUUAUAUGGGGCAGAGUGUUGGGCGGUUAAGAAGACUCAUGUGCGUCGUCUGCAUGCGGCGGAGAUGCGGAUGUUAUGAUGGAUGUGCGGGAAGACAAGGUUGGAUAGGAUUUCGAAUGAGGUUAUCCGACGUCAAGUAGGUAUGGCACCGGUGGAAGACAAGUUGCGGGAAGCGAGGUUGAGGUGGCUUGGCCAUGUGAGACGGCGGGAUGCUGACGCCCCUGUACGGAGAUGCGAGAGGAUUACGGUUAUCGGGGGAAGUAGGGGAAGGGGUAGACCUAAGAAGAAUUGGGAGGAGGUGAUAAGACAGGAUUUAGGACUUCUCGACCUGACUGAGGAUAUGGCCCUAGAUAGGAACCUUUGGAGAACUAGGAUUAGAGUAGCUGGAUAGGAGCUCGGUGUUGUAGAGGUUGUUUUGUAGUGUGUUGUAUUUGUUGGGAAUCUUUUGCUAUUGUUUGUACUUGUUGCUUGUACUUGGUGCCUUAUCUGUGCUAUACUGUGUUCUCUUCCAUAUUUUUGUGCAGGUGGAGCCGGGGGUCUCUUGGAAACAGCCUCCCUACUUCCGAGUAGGGGCAAGGGCUGCGAAUUCAGAUUUCCCUCUCAAUCUAGGACUCAAGUUUGAAUUGGAGUCUUCUUGCACUGCUGUUUCCGAUCUGCUCUCCCUCUCGCCCCUCUUCCGUCUUUUCUGGGUUAAUUGGAUGAAUGGGUCUAGUCCUAAUUUGGGCUUGGCCCAACUUCUUUAUUCUUCGAUUGGUUAAGCUGAAGAAGAGAUCCACCUGCGGUUCUUCCCUAUUCUCCCUAAUAUAGCCUAUGUUAAGACCUGCCCUAACUCUAGACCCUACUAUUCUUAACAACCCAAGGACCUGCCCCCAGAUUUAAUUAAAAAUAGAGCAUUAAGUUCUUUGGAAAACAUCACUUAACAACUAUGCAGUAGACUAUAUCUAUUUAACAUAGCCAGUUUGAAAACUCUGAUUAAUAAAAAUCGGGACUCAAGUUUGAAUUGGAGUCUUCUUGCACUGCUGUUUCCGAUCUGCUCUCCCUCUCGCCCCUCUUCCGUCUUUUCUGGGUUAAUUG